AUGACUUUACCUUUUGAGCGCACCCUCAAAGGAGGUAUUAGAGAGCUCAGCAUUCUCGCCUAUGUCAUUCUACUCCAGUUGAUCGUCCACAAUGCGGUCUUUUUUCUCUUGUUAUCGUGUAGCGUGGUCGUAUAUCUUCCGCUGGUUGCACCGUGGUCAGCAAUUCUAGCAGUUAUCCCUCCAACCAUAUUUAUAGUCAUUCACCUCGUUCUCUUCUGGGAGUAUUUAAUGGCUAAUCCGCUCGCCGAGGAGAGUGCUCUCUACCGCUGGGCCGGACUCAGUCUACUUCGCUAUACCGGCCCGACAUUGCGACUGUACAGGUAUAUGCAGUCCAUUGGGAUCAUUAGAUACCGGCUAUCUGCGCUCCCUCCCGAAAUAUGGGAGCGAAUACUCACCAUGGCGCUAAAGUCCCCUGCGAUCCUUGGGUGUAUCUAUAAUCCACCCGAGGAUAUCCUAUCCAUUAUAAAACAUCAAAUUUUUCAAUUUUAUGACGACUCUACAUUUGCGAUUCGGUUUCAACUCAAUCUCGCGUACGACUUCUACACUGGCCGAGACGAGGAACAUCCCUAUGGGACUUAUCGGCGUCAUUGUACCAGAUUGAGCCUUGUUUGCUCAAUGUGGGCGGACAUUGUUAGGAGGCAGCAAAGGUUAUGGUCCUGCGGAAAGUACGGCGAUGGAGUCUAUCCGUUGACCCAGCGACUCGAUUUUAUCAUAGAUAAUCGGUCGUGUACUUGGCUAGAGGAUCUUUUGCGACGACGUCACGACACCAAAUCGCACCCACACCAAUGGGAUAAUCUUCGCGUACUUGCCCUUUACCAGAAAAUCAGGACCAAUCCUAUGGACACUUCUUCACAUUUAUCCCUAAUUUCCGAGUCGCUACCAAGUUUGUUUCCAAAGCUACGAUCCCUCUCGUAUGUGACCGAGUAUGGUACCCUUAAUCAUAUUACCCCUUUCCCCAAUUUAUACUGCCUACAUCUCCGACUCCGCUCUAUCAAGUAUGUCAACGACGUCCGGUUUGAACGUCUGCGUAUCCUCACACUAGAGUGUGUCGAAUUGGAUCUCCGAGGCUGGCAAUGUCCACAACUGGAGCACUGUGCCUUUUUGGUCCGUGACGGUGAAAACAGGGAACCAUCUCUCGUUUUUCCACCGGGAGGUCAUAUCUAUACGCCAUCACGCAUCCUUUCGCUCAUUAUCAGCGGCCAGCAGAUUACUCUGUCCUCAGAGUUCUGGCGCACCUAUUCAUCUCUUGUCCAUCUAGCGGUUUCAUCGUCUUCGCUGAUGGGAUCUGCUGACUCGCCACCUUCGAGCCAUCCCUUUUCACACCUCAGUAUUCUCAAUAUCAUGUUCAGUGACCACACUGCCGUGCCAUUCCUAUCCCUUCUCGACUCGCAGCAUUCACUCAAGUCGAUAUCGCUCCCAACUCCCCAUCCUACAUGUUGGGGCCCAUACAUCGAGGAAUGGAUCGCAUUCUAUCGUAAAGCCUGUCGACUCGGAAUAGUCAAACCCCCGUCACCAAGAGGAAUCACCGCUUUGGUUGGGGCAAUCAGAGCUUAG